CGUUAUAUGUUAAAAUACUAUCAUUUGACAUACAAUCAAUAUAAACAUUUUUAAUGAGAUAUUUUACAUUUUUAAAAAUACUGUUCAAAAUCCAGUAUCUUAUUCUUAAAACACACCUCAGUUUUUUUUUUCUUCACACCUCAGUUUUGAUUAAACACGUUUUAACAUGCUCAGUAGUCACAUGUGGCUAUUGGCUACCGUUGUGUACAACACAUAUGUAGACAAUUACUGGGGAUUGCCAAUAGAUAGAAGUUUACAAGAUCCUUAGUUUAUAAUCUCAUUCCAUAGAGCUAAAAUUUCCUUUCAUUUGCUCGAAUCUGUGUCUCUGGAGCUCCCAUGUUUUAGUUUAGUUUUAGUUUUAUUGUACAAAUACAGCAUCCCUUUCACUGUGACACAUAGUUGGACGUAGCUCUCAUGUCCCACUGAGCCUGCUUUAGGUUAAACACUAGUUGCUCAUGCUCUUCAUAUUAUGUAGUUUAAAGCCACUUCCCAUCUGAACACAUCUCUCGUAAAAUGUGGUAACCAGAAUCACAUCUAGUGCUCUAGCUGUGGUCUGACCUCAAAGAGGACAAAACCUGUCCCUCCCCCCACCCUGCCCUUUCUGCACAUUUACUACUAUUAUUGCAGCCUUGGUGGCCAUUAGUCCUUUCGGUGGCUGUUACGAUAUUGUCUCCUACUAAGCUAUUAUUGAGCACCCAGAACUCUUCCUCUAUUUACGUAGUUGCUUAUUUUUGUGAACUCAAAUACAAGACCUUACAUAUAACUUGGUAGUGCAGUGGUUCCCAAGUGGAGAUGAUUUUGUCGCCCCCAGGGGACAUUUGGCCAUGUCUGGAGACAGUAUUGGUUGUCCCAACUGAUAGGGAAGGAGGUGGUGGAGGUGCCAUUGGCAUCUAGUGGGUAGAGGCCAAGGAUGCUCCUGAACAUCCUGCAGUGUACAGGGCAGCCCCCACAACAAAGAAUCAUCCCCAAAUGUCAGUAGUAUGGAUGUCAAGAAGCCCUGCUGUAGUUUAAUGGGUGAAGGUGUGGGCUCAGGAAACAGUUGGGUUCACCUUGAGGGCCUUUGGGCACUGGUCAUAUGUUCUUGUGGGUGUUAUGAGUGCUUCUGCUGGGCUCCCUAAGGGUGCCCGCUGCACUAAGGAUGUAGUAUGUGUUCACUUUUCCUGUGUCACUGUCUUGUAACUCUGUCAGAAAAGAAAGCAAUUUGUCUAUCUUGAUUUUUCAUUUUGACUAAUUUUUAGUAAGCUCCAGAAAGUUUGGUAAAUAUAGAAAAAUAUAUUAAAAUACACUUAAGAGUUACUCCUAAUUCCACUGUCUAGGGAUAACUACAGCUAACCUUUUGGUGCCUGGGUCUGAAUCCUGGGCCCACCAUCUGUUGGUUUUGUGACCGUGGGUUAAGUUAACCAAGGGGGAUAAUAAUAGUACCUGUCCCAUAGAGUUGUGAGGACUGAACAUAUUUAAUAUGUAUAAAAUGUUUAGAACAGUCCCUGGCACAUUGUAAGAGCUGUGUAAGGGAUGGUUGUAGUGUUUUGCUUUGCAUGCAUUUGUGUGUAUUUCUGUGUCUAUGUAUGUGAUGUGCAGACGUAUACGGUCAAGCUCAUGCAAUAUACUUAAUUUUAUUCCUGUUUUGGCUUAUAUGGAGGACAUUUGCCCAUGUUACUGAACAUUCUAAGAAAGCAUGUUACUUUCUGUAGAAUACUAUGAAUUUAAUGUAAGGAUAACUGAAUACAUAAUUUUGUGCUAAAUCACACCUUAAAAAUUUUUUUAUAUAUUUAUUUAUUUAAUUUAUUUAUGAGAGGGAAAGCAAGAGCACUGGUGCCCACAAGCGGGGAGAGUGGGGGAGAGGGACAAACAGACUCUGUGCUGAGCACAGAGCCCAACGUGGGCUUGAUCCCAUAACCCUGAGAUCAUGACCUUAGCCACUGUCGAUGCUCAACCGACUGAGCCACCCAGGUGCCUCUAAAUCAUACCUCUUAAAAUCAAUCAAUCAAUCAAUCAAUCACACCCCUUAAACUAGAUUCAAGAAUAGACUGAUUAGUUGUGGCAAGUACUAAGGGUUUAGAGAAGUUUGAGAAAAAGGCUUAAAAUUGAGAACAUCUUAUCCAUUAGUUUGCUUUUUUCCCUGUGGGUGAGAAAAGGCAGCUAUUGUUAAAUUUUAGCAAAAGACACCUCAAUGUUGUAUAUAGAAAUGCUAUAUUCCAGUCAGUUCUAGAAUUUUACCCCAAAUUGAUGCAUAGUUUGUUUCUAGUUUAUAGAAUCUGCAUUCUUUAAAUUCUCUCCUCCUCCUUUGCAAAAGCAAACAAAACGAAAAAACCCAAAAGGUAUACAUUCUCAUAGGUUUGAAGAGAUUCCUGUUUUUUCAUAAUUUUCUGUUGAAAACUCACUUUUCUGAGUUGGAAAAAAAAACAAAACUUUUUUCUCCUACACAGUUAGGUCUGAAGUUCUGAAAGUGGUGAAUUUAUGUUUUGCAAUGAGUUUACUCUUCAUUUGGAAAAGUGAACAGUUUGGUAUGAAAUUGGGCAGCUGUUAGGCUUCAGAAUGGCUUUUUCCCUUAGUUUUAAGGAUACUAGAUUGUGUUUGUCUUGUUCAGUUUCUGUGUAUCUGGGCUCUGUGAUACAGUUUGGAAUUUUAGAAGCCUUUGAGGAGUUUCCAAGGAAAGAUAGCUCUUGAAGUUUAUUACCAGCAUUUUAAUUUGAGAAACAAAAAAUGGUAUUUAAAAUUCUCAUUUGGCAGGAAAAACAACGGUGUUGUGGCUCCCUGGGUGGGAGGAGAGGAGCCAAGGAGGGAGAGUGUCAUUGCAUAGUACAACUAUGUGUUGUCUAUGGACUUUUCCUUCUCAUAGUCUUCUCCAGUAUGUUUGGAGGACUCAAACAGGAUGUAGGUUCACUUUCUUCUACUAGGAGCUUAGCAAGUUGCUGUCUUUCUGGUACUCUUUGUCAGAUGAAUGAUUAGUUAGCUGGGCAGCCCUAAUGGAGCUUGUUUCAGAGAAGAAGCAGUUGAUAGGAUUUAUUACUUUGGAAGGGGCUCUGGGAAUCACAGUCCUCACGUGUGGAACGGCCUGUAAUGUCUGGACCCUUCAGGCAGUUAGUGUAUUACCACCUCCGUGUAUUGAAGCAGCUGAGGCCUGGGAAUUUAAUGUCUUUCUUCAGCCAGCCAGCUGCAAUUGCCUAUUCAGAGCACUUGGUGAUCAGUUGGAGGGACACUCACGAAAUCAUCUCAAGCACCGACAAGAGACAGUGGAUUACAUGAUAAAGCAGCGGGAAGAUUUUGAACCCUUUGUAGAAGAUGACAUUCCUUUUGAGAAACAUGUGGCCAGUUUGGCAAAGCCUGGCACCUUUGCUGGCAAUGAUGCAAUCGUAGCCUUUGCAAGAAAUCAUCAGUUGAAUGUGGUGAUUCAUCAACUUAAUGCCCCUUUGUGGCAGAUUCGUGGCACGGAGAAAAGCAGUGUGCGGGAGUUACAUAUUGCAUAUCGGUGCGGAGAGCACUAUGACAGCGUUCGGAGGCUCAAUGACAACUCGGAAGCCCCCGCACACCUCCAGACUGAUUUUCAGAUGCUUCAUCAAGAUGAAUCCAAUAAAAGGGAAAAGAUCAAGACGAAGGGCAUUGACUUUGAAGAUGACCUGAGAGAUGAAGUAGAAGAUGCUGUCCAGAAAGUUUGCAAUGCAACUGGUUGUUCAGAUUUUAAUUUGAUAGUCCAGAACCUGGAAGCUGAAAAUUAUAAUAUUGAAUCUGCAAUAAUUGCCAUGCUUCAGAUGAACCAGGGGAAAAGAAAUAAGGAGAACCUUGAGUCCGGCGGCCGAGUUCUGAAGCAAUGUGGCCCUUUAUGGGAGGAGGGUGGCAGUGGCACCCGACUCUUUGGAAAUCAGGGUGUAAAUGAAGGCAGAACUGAAAACAAUAAGGAGCGGGCCAGCCCUAGUGAAGAAAACAAAGCAAAUAAAAACCAGCUCCCAAAGGUCACCAACAAACAGAGGCGGGAGCAGCAGCGCCUGGAGAAAAAGAAGCGACAGGAGGAGAGGCACCGCCACAAAGCCCUGGAGAGCCGGAGUGGCCAUAGGGACAGCAGCCGCAGUGAAGCGGAGGCCAACACGCAGGUCACCUUGGUGAAGACCUUUGCUGCUCUCAACAUCUGACUCUCUGGCCUUUUGGGAGCUGCACGAAGCCAGUGGAAAAUGGAGCGCUGUGUACUAGGCUCUCCAGUGAGGCCGUCCUCUCCCCAAAGACACACAACCCACAAAACUCACACUCAAGCUCACACACUGAGUUAGUCUACUUCAAGCUGCCUCUGUUUUGCUCAGACUUUUGUUAGUGAUGUGUUUUAUUUUAUGAAAGUUCACUGAAGCCAUUCAUGUUCUGUAAUUAAAAUAUUGAGUUCUAGGGUUGGAUAGUUCAGGCAAAACCUUUUAAGUGUGGUUUUAUUUGUCCUGAAAAUCAGUUCAGUGACCCUUGGAUUUUUCUGUAACACUUGGGGUGAGUUUUGCUGUAAUUGUUCACGAAGUAGUUUAGAUUAAUUGCUAGAAAUUCAGAAUGUCAAGUUUCCUUUGUUUCUCUUUGACUUUCAAGCAGAUAUUCACAUACAGGAUAGUUUAUAAACGGUCUCCAACUCAGGAACAUGUUUAGAUUUAAUUUUCUACGAAUUCAAGUUAAUCAGAAAUUAAUUCAGGAAGUAUUUUUCCCAAAAUAAUAGGAUAUGGGGGUUGUGGCCUGUAGUCAGAGUGGAAAUUCAACACCUACGUUUUUCUCCUUCCUGAUUCUGAUGCUAUUUCAGAUGGGAUGCAGGUGCUGUGAGGUUUGCCUGUGCUCAAGCCAUAUGAUAAAUAUGCCUGACGACUGUUAAUUAGGCCUGGACUUUGCUGGAAAAUCGGUAGUGUUGUUGAGAUUUUGGUACUGGUUUCUUGACACAGAGAAGGUAGUAUGUUACUGCUUAUGAUGUAAUUCUGAUCGUGUGAGAGCAGAACCUCUAGUUGUAAAGGGAGAAAUGAAGAGAUUCCUGAGUCUUUGUACAGGGAGUGUCUAAAGAGUUACUUGAUGCUGUAGGGGCAGAGGAAUAUCUAAGGCUUUUCAGGUUCAUGUUUUAAGUAAUUGUGUUUUCUUCCUUGCUGUUCGAGACUUAGAUGCCUUCAGAGAAGUAGUUUGACCUGUUGCUCAGUUUUCUUACUGUUGUGAAAAUGGAAUCCCAUAAAAUGCUGCAUUUCUUUCUUUCUGUUCCAGCCCUAUCUGGGAUUUUGAUGUUGGAAAAAGUCUUGUGCACUCUAGCAGUUGUCAGCGACUUAGGUUAGACCACCAGGGCAGAGGCUGUGUGACUCCACAAUUCUAACACGGAUUUGGGAGUUGGAGAGAAGUCAGUCCUAAGACUGAUCAGUGGGUGUGGACUUUGAACCUGGAAUGUAUGAAGUGGACAGUCAUGGACAGUCUUGGCCUUUUGGGGAUCCAGUACUUGGACAAAUAAAAUCUGCUGAAUCAAAAGGUAAAUUAGUUAGUUCUCCAUCUCAGAUUUCAGAAUUAUAACAGUUCUAAGGGGAAGGAAGAAGCAUAAAGAAGUGUUGAGAGAAUGGGUGAAUCAUUAUCUGGGCUGGCCCUGGAUUCAUUGAAUUGCUCUUAUCAGCAGAUGAUUUGCUUUCUUUAGUUUUAAUGACGUGUUUUAAUUUUUUGUUCGUUGACUUCAGUGACUUUUUUCUGGUUUCUUGAAGCUGCUCUCAGGCCAUUGCAGUUUGGGCUUCUUCCUGGUAUAGUGCUUUGUAAUGUUAGCAGAUUUGGAAAGUGCGGAGUAUGUUUCCUUUGCACGUUGUGGAGUCCUGAGUCUGAGGCUGUAGGAAUCAGUCCCUGCAGGGGCAGAAUCUCCAUUGCCUUAUUGUGUCUAAGGGAGUGAGAUCUAGGGCUCGAGGUUGAUCGUUCUCUUGGCUUUCUCCUCUGGACACUUUCCUGACUGUGGCCGAUCUUUCCUGAGCAGAUACUCUUUCUUGUCUGUCUGGUAGCGUGAGAGUGCAGGUGACCAGAUCCUCUUGGGUAGGUCAGGAUUGUGUGCCAGAAACUCAGCAGAAUUUGGAGUCCAAAAUAGCAUAGGGGUACCCCUUGUCAGGAGCAGUAGACUUGCUUUAUUUAAGUGGUUGAUUAAGGUGGUCUUGGGCCUGUUGGGAUUUAAAGGUUUAACUAGAAGCUGCUAAAAAGUUAUUAAAGAAUAUUGGGCACAUUUAUUAACAAAUGAGCAAAUUCUGAUAAUAGAGUUCAACAUUUCUGAGGUAAAAUAAUAGUGGUUUUAAAAACUAAUCAUAUGGCUUCGGUAAUUUUCUCUUAUUAUCAUUUCAUAGUUUUCCAGUUAAAAUUGGUCUGCAUUUAAUAUGAUAAAUAUUAGGAAUGGGAUACGUGUACCCAACUUCAUGAUCUCUUCUGCUUAAGGGUGUGAAUUUAGAUUUCACUGCCUCUGUCUCACUGAAGUAUGAGUUAGAUGGGAGACAUAUACUUAGUUGCCUUGUAGACACUUGGAAAUUACUUUAUUGGCAGCUAGCACGGAGGUCCCGUGUGUGUGGUUCUGGGAUGACUACUGUCAGUGACUAGUGUCCGUACCAUAGUCUUACGUGCACUCCCUGUUAGGAGGUGCUUCUGUGCUGUGUCAUGACCAUUAGAGGUUUAUGUUACAUGGAAUUGUCUCGGUAGCUUUUUGUGAGGUCAGGAGAAAGGGGAUGGGGCUGUGGUCUGUAGCUGCUUAGUAGUCUUAUAAACUGUAUAUAAAGGUUUUAUGGAUUUUAAAACAAGAUUUUUUAAAGGUCAAAAUAAAUAAAAUUUUAGUGGCAACAGCUUUGUAUUAGAGAGGUAGAUGUAGUAAAACAACGUAGAACCUUCUAAAUAACACAGUUGCCAUCGGGAGAUAGUAGAGAGAGAGAACACAUAUAUAUAUUUAGUUUUUUAGUAGUGUGCACACAUUUUUUAGGAGCAGAGCCCAGUGGAGGGAUUGUGGCAGAGAGAAGGAUCUUGAACAUCGGCUGAGGUUGUUGUCUGUAGUUUCUUUUAUAACCUCUGCAAACACUUGCAAAUCUAUUUUGAUCCCGAGGGCUGGUGAAUUGGGGUCUCCCCUGAGGGGCGGCUCGAGUGGGCAUCCCGGGAACCUUCGAACAAGUCAUGGGUAGCGUGCUGCCCUGGCUCCCGGGGGUGUACAGAGUGAAGUGAUGCGGUCCUGGGGGCAGGGGUGUGCGACGUGGGGGAGGGCCGCUUGCAUGUUGAGUAGGUGGGCAUCUGAUGGACUUGGGCACUGCACCGUCCUGCUGGUGAGGCCCUGUUGUCAGUGUGCAAUUUCUCUCAUUCUGAGAAACUCUAGACUCUGCCUGGGUUUUACCAGGUCAACACAGAAUGCUGUCAGUUUACCUCUGAAGUGGUCAGCUCGAGCGUGCGGUCGGUCACUGGAAACUGGCAUUUCUAGUCCAUGCUGACGACCGGUCACCCUGAGUGAAGGGAUGAAAAUGGAGCUCUUGCUCUCCAUGGGUCACCUCUGGGACCCUCUCUGACCCCCAUUUUGGGCAGACACGUGGCUCUUCACCUUUUUACCUUUUUACCUCAAGGCUCUGUAUGUCUGUAGCAAAUGCCUAGAUUCAGAGUCUGCUGCUGUUUUCCUGUUGGGUCGUCUUCACUAGUCACUGUUCGUUCACCUCUGCUUUCAGAACAGGCACUGCUAAAUCUCUGGGGCCUUCUGGCUGUUGUUCUGAGGUGAUUUAACAAUGGCACUUUUUUUUACAAGGUGUGUUUUCCUGACUCUAAAGCAAAUUGUAUUUUUCCGCUGAUGUUGAAGCAAAGAUCUUCUAGGUGGCGUGUUGAGGGACAUCUCCCGCUGUCCCCUAUUAGAGGGGGCAUGAGUGACUGGUGUGAAGUGGAGGUGGUGACCCCAGUCACAAAGUGCUUGCACAGCAUGGGGCACUCCGCCUGCACCCCAGGGACCAGCCCACGGUGAGGAGCUGGGCCUGUGGGCUGCCCUGCCCUGCCCCGGCCCCGGGUUUCACUCCCGGUGACCUCAGGCCCUUAGACACAUCUUCUAAGCUUCCUAGUCUCUCUCUCCUGGUUAGGAGUACUUUCUGGCUUGGUUAAAAUGGUUAGCAUCCUUGCAAAGCUGCUGGAGAAGGGGCUGCCAUCACAAAGAAUGUUUCGGUAAAAGCAUGAACUUCUGUACAGUGGCUUUAUUUUCAGCAAGGCAGGCCCGUGCCACAGAACUGCUGCCACUCACUGUGCUGGUCGUCAGGGAGGGCGAUGACCCCUGGACGAAACAUCUGAGGUCCGCCUCCGCCCCUGUGCAUGUCAGCAGCUCCCAGGUCACCGUGACCAGCCGUCUGGGACCGUCAUUAGAACUCAGCCAGAAGCCUCAGCCUGCAGUUUGAUCCCCUGGCAGGUCCCUUGACCAAAACCUGAAGAAGGUUGGUGGGCUGCCCACAUCUUCUCACUCUCCUUGUUCAUUUUCCAUGGCGGGAAGGGCCCUUGGCCUCCCCUGCCACCCUUCCAGCAACCUCCAGGAGCACUGAGCUCAGUGAGAAGGAAGGGAGGAGCCGGGAGUUAGACUUGAGCCCCGCGUGUUCCUCUUGUGGACAUAGGAGUACAGAUGGGCGUGAACCCCUUGUGCAGGAGGGCAGGUGUGUCUGUGGAGAGCACGGGCCUUUGCAGGCUCAGGAACCUUCUCUUUUUUCUAAUUGCACUAUGCUUGUUCUAGCUUCAGUCUGGAGAUAUUUAAGACCUCCGUGGGGUCACGAUCCAUAGACUUAGCAAGUCUUGCCUUAUUGCUGGAGCUCGACGGGGAGAAAUGUGACCAUUGUCUGACGUCCAUAGUUCGUUUCCUCUCAGUUGUUUCUUUCACAGAUUGUGUUCAUCUGAACCAUUUUAUUUUUUAUUUACCAAAGUACUGUACUUGGCUAUUUGCAGUGUUUUCAAAACCAAAUGUUUCUUUUUUUUGUGUUUUUAAUCUUCCAUACUUGGUGCAAUAGAAGCUGCAAAGAUGUGCCACUUUAUCUAUGAAAUGGAGUUUUGUAUACCAAUAAAUUCUAGUUUAAAGACAAA